GAUUCCCAAAGCAUCAACUGUCACAAUAUCGCGGUGAGUGUGUACGAUAGGAUAAACUCGAGAGGUUGUUUUCUUUUAUAAAUAAUUUUAAUUUGUGAUUUUUAGUUAUUUCUCGGUAGAAUAAAAUGGACAAUAAUCAUCACUGCUACGACUGCAACAUCAACUUUGAACUAUCGACUAUGUUAUUAAUGCACAAUUUAGAUGUCCACCGAAAGGCUGGAAUAUCUCGCCGGAAAAUUUCAUCAUUUUUAUCGAACCUCCUCGAAAAUGAGACACUCUUCUCAUCUGACAGCGAAUGCGAGUAUCGUAUCACAACCACAGUUCGACGGAUCGCCAAAAUUAAGCCCGAAAUUCAAGCAGUAAAUGAUUUCGACGAUGAUUCAACUAGUAAUCGAAUAACUAGAUCGAAUGCUGUUAAACGUGAACCGGCGGAAGUUGAUCGAAUUGGCGGCGGGGACAGCAGUAAAAUGCCUUGUUAUGUUUGUGGAUUUAUUGCUGAAACGGAACCAAUGUUGAGAGAGCAUGCGGAAAAUGAACAUGGCAUAGCUGUUGAAAGUGGUGAAAUAUCGUUUUCUUCAGACAUUGGUAAACAGGGCUACAAUAUUGAUUCGGUAGAAAAUGGCUGCAUUUCACAGCCCGAACAGACGACGAAAGCUCGUAGAUCAAAGAAAUUUUCUUGUGAAAUUUGUGGGAAACAUUUUAAACAAAAGGCGGCCUUAGUCAAACACAUGCAGAUGCAUUGUCCUAUCGACGAUGCGGAUGAACUUGAGCAAGAUAAUCAAAAUGACGACAUCUCAGACGCUUAUGACACAGACGAUAGUGAAGUUGUCGAUACCAAAGCGAAAUCAACAAGUGGCUUCCCGUGUAAUGUUUGUGGUAAAAUCUAUGAAACGAAGGACCACAUCCUGAGACACUUCAAAACGUUUCAUCCACAUGAUGAUGAUGCACUGACUGCUAUUAUCGAUAUAGUGAUUAAGCAUGAGGGUGAUGGCCUUCCAUGUACAAGUUGUCCGACAGUUCACUCGAAUCGGGACUCACUGCGUCGUCAUUUGCGAAAAGCUCAUCGGAUGCCGAACAGAGACAGUGACAAUAAGUCUACCCAAUUCACCUGUGAUAUCUGCGGUAAAAUGUUCAAUCGCCCCAAGUGCUUUGCGACUCACAUGAAAAAACACAGUGAGGCCACCGUUGUUGUCGAGAAACGUAGAGUCAAAAAUCCGAAAAAGAAAACCCACCUGUGCAGCUUCUGCGGCAAGUCGUAUCCGGGAUCGAAUCAUCUGAAAAUUCAUCUUCGCAUACAUACAGGUGAACGACCGUUCAAAUGCCAAUACUGUGAUAAAACGUUUGCGAUAAAGAAGACGUGGCAGGAUCACACCUAUUCGCAUACGGGUGAAAAACCAUAUUGCUGUCCCGUUGAAAAUUGCGGGAAACGAUUUACCCAUUCAACUGGCGUCAGGCAACACAUGCAGUGUUGUCACAGUUCCGAGAAACAAUUCCAGUGUCCUCAUUGCGAUAAAAAAUGUUCGAAAAAGACACAUUUAGAAGAUCACAUCCGUUCGCAUACCGGCGAACGUCCGUACGAAUGUAAAUAUUGUGGGAUACGAUUCAGGCUAACAUCAACAUUGAGGAUUCAUCACAGAACGCACACAGGUGAACGACCAUUUGUUUGCAAGGUUUGCAAUCGAGGUUUCAUCAAGUCAUACGGUCUGAAGCAACACCUAAAGUCCAAACGUAAUUGCCUUCCAACAACCGUUCAACCAACACUAACGCCAGACAUCGAACAAAUCGAACAUCAACCCCAAGACCAACAGCAACCAACAAUCGAUAACAAUGUCCCCGACGAUGUACAAUUCCAUCAGCUGUUAAUAUUACCACCACAUCAAGUGUUGUCAUAGUGUAGAGUUGACGGUUUUGUUUUAAUUUUUUUUUAAUUUUAAACCCCAUCGAAAUCGUCUCAUUCAAUUUUUUUUUGUUUUAUUGAACGAAUAUAAUUCACACGUCGCUCAAUCACACCAGCCGCACUACAAACAACAUAAAUUAAAUUAAUUUAAAGUAAAAAAUAAAUUGUCAUCAAAAUUCGGCGUUAUAGUCGUGAUGAUAUCGUCGCGGAUUGUACGUGUACAUCCCCAUCGCAUUCGGAUGAUGCGGAUCCAUGUUGUACAAAUCAUUUGGCGGAUAUGAUACGCUCUUUUGCGGAUAGUGAUGGCUAUCGUAAU